ACGGGUGAAAGGUGUUUCAGCUGGUCUCAGGGUGAUCUAGGUGAGUUUGUACAGUGAAGAUGAAUCUAAACAAACUUUUUGUUUUGUCGAAAUCAGUCAAGCUCGGAAGAAAUUUGAUCGCUGCACGAGUAGGACACGUUGGUGCGGGAUGUCUACAAAAGCGCUGCAUUAGAUCCAGUGCGAGGAGUUUGGCAUAUGCCAAAGAUCUGUUUCUGGGCAAAGUAAACAAGGCGGAAGUGUUUCCUUAUCCAGAAAUAAGCAAUGAAGAAUUAGAGGAGAUGAACCAGCUUGUCCAGCCGGUGGAGAAGUUUUUUAAUGAAGAAGUUGAUUCUAAGAAGAUCGACCACGAUGCUGUCAUUCCUCCCGAGACUUUGAAUGGGCUAAAGGAACUGGGACUGUUUGGCAUCCAGAUACCUGAAGAAUAUGGUGGGCUGGGCUUGUCCAACACAAUGUAUGCCAGGUUAGGAGAAAUCACAUCUUUGGAUGGAGCUAUUGCUGUCACUCUCGCUGCACAUCAGGCCAUUGGCCUAAAGGGUAUUUUGAUUGCUGGAAAUGACGAGCAGAAAAAUAAAUACCUGCCCAAACUAGCAACAGGAGAACACAUUGCAGCAUUUUGCCUCACUGAACCAGGAAGUGGCAGUGAUGCUGCAUCUGUUCAGACACGUGCCACCCUGACAGAAGAUGGAAAACACUAUCUGAUCAACGGCACAAAGUUCUGGAUUUCAAAUGGUGGUUGGGCUGACAUCAUGACCGUGUUUGCCAGAACCGAGGUCGUUGAUGAAGACGGUCAAAAGAAAGAUAAGAUCACAGCUUUUAUUGUGGAAAGAGCUUUUGGUGGCAUCGCCAGUGGCAAGCCUGAGGACAAGCUCGGCAUCAGAGGCUCAAAUACCUGUGAAAUCUCAUUUGAGGACACCAAGGUGCCAAUCGAGAAUGUGAUUGGUGAAGUUGGUGGCGGCUUUAAGGUUGCAAUGAACAUUCUUAAUAACGGACGCUUCAGCAUGGGCAGUGCUGGUGCGGGAAUGAUCAAGAAACUGAUUGAGUUGACCUCGGAAUAUGCCGGCACAAGGAAACAAUUCAACAGGAGCCUUGCUGAGUUUGGAAUGAUUCAGGACAAAUUUGCUACCAUGGCUCUCAAUGCCUUUGUGAUGGAGAGCAUGGCCUAUCUCACUGCUGGAAUGAUGGAUCGACCUGGAGUUCCUGACUGUUCUGUGGAGGCUGCCAUGGUCAAGAUCUUCAGUUCCGAGGGUUCCUGGAUCUGUGUGAGUGAAGCUCUGCAGGUGUUAGGAGGGCUGGGCUUUACCAAGAACUACCCGUACGAGCGCUACCUUAGGGACUGCCGCAUCCUUCAGAUAUUUGAGGGGACUAAUGAGAUUUUGAGGAUGUACAUUGCGCUCACAGGAAUGCAGUACGCUGGCAAAAUAUUAACAGGAAAAAUAAAGGAAAUGAAAAAGGGCAAUUUGGGCGUGGUGUUUGAGAUCCUGGGGAAGAAGUUGAAGGACUCAGUGGUGAAGACGGUGGACUUUGGACUGACCGGCAAAGACGGUGUAGUUCACCCCAGUCUGACGGAGAGCGCCAAAAUGUUUGAGGAGAACGCUGCACUCUUCGGAUCUACUGUGGAAAGCUUGCUAUAUCGAUACGGAAAGACAAUCGUUGACGAGCAGCUGGCUCUUAAAAAAGUUGCAGACGUGCUGAUUAACCUCUACGCCAUGACGGCUGUCCUAUCCCGCGCCACUCGCUCCAUCAACAUCGGUCUGCGCAACCAUGACUACGAGGUGCUGCUAGCCAACACUUUCUGCAAGGACGCCUAUUUCAAGAACAACUACUUGAUGACUCAGCUUCAAAAAAAUUCCCCGGAGAACAACGAUGCCAGUAUAAAGAAGAUUGCCCAGGAGGUGCUGGCAAAGAGGGCGUAUAUCUGCUCACAUCCUCUGGACAGAACUUAUUGAAUCGUGACAUCACCUGGUUGUCCUGCAUUACGAUUGGAUGGCAAAACACCCGACUCUUGUAAUUUAUCAUUAGCUCAAGGUCUUCCCGUAACCUUCAUCCACCUCAGGACGUCUGAGUUUAACCUGCUCUUAUCUCUGUUGAGAGGUUAGCUAUACAUAAAGUGUGUAUUUUUCACAUAUUGCUUUAUUGAAACUGAAACUUUAAAUAUUGAGUCUCGAUUGAGUCUAACAUUGAUGUGUAGACAUUUUUGUCAGUGUUUUUCGUUCUUUGUAUAGCAAUAAUAUGCACUUUCAAUGCCAUACAUUCAUACUGUACCACCGAAGUGCUGCUUAGUGUUGUUUAACAACAUUAAAGUGAAAUUG